AUGGAUCGAGCUUCUCAUCUCCUAGACCCAUCCUCUGCAAUGGCGGCCAUCACCAAGCACAAGGUGGAGGCAAUCAAGCUAGCUCGUGAACAAGGAGUGGCCGUCCGAGAGAUGUGUCGUCGUGCGAAAACCGAGGUCCCACCAUACGAGUUUGAAGAGUUGAUAGGCAAAGGUGCCUAUGGUCGUGUUUAUAAGGGUCACCAAACAUCAUCAGGCCAGCUAGUUGCUAUCAAAGUCCUAGAUAUUGACUCGCUAGACUACAAGUCACUUCGAGAUUUCAGAGAUGAGUCGAUAAAGGAUUUCAUCCAUGAAACAAAGGUGAUGAAGCAAGUGAAGGAUUCCGGUGCCAAAAACAUCAACGAAAUCAUUGAAGCCAUCUCAAUUCACUCUCAGUUGUGGCUAGUCUGCGAGUACUGUCCCGGUGGCAGUGUCCGUACCCUGAUGCGUGCAACAAACGACAAGCUCGAUGAGAAAUACAUCAUUCCAAUCGCUCGUGAGCUGGCUGUUGGACUUCAUGCCAUCCAUGAAGCUGGAAUCAUUCAUCGCGAUGUGAAAGCUGCAAAUAUCCUUAUUCAUGAAGAGGGUCGUCUGGAGAUCUGUGACUUUGGUGUUGCUGGUGUUCUCCAAUCACAGCGAGACAAACGAUCCACCUGGAUUGGAACACCACACUGGAUGCCACCAGAGAUGUUUGCAACUCGUGGAGAGGCCCAUCAAUACGGGCAUGAGAUUGAUGUGUGGGCGUAUGGGUGCACACUGUUCGAGUUCGCCAACGGGAAUCCGCCAAACGCAGGCCUGCGGGAACGAAUGCAAAUCGGUCGCCAACUAAAUCGCAAGACGCCAUCACUGGACAGCGAUACAUACAGCCAAGGCCUGAAGGACCUUAUUGCCUACGCCCUUGACUCCAAUCCGUAUACUCGUCCCACCAUGGCAGAUAUUCUUGCUCACCCGUACAUUGCCGAUACGGAGGAGGCAUAUCCGACCGCCUCCGUGAGUGAGUUGGUGAGAAACUACUACCAAUGGUCCCAGCGAGGAGGCCAGCGAAUCUCUUUGUUCCAUCCAGGCGGUGCCGCGGCAGCUGAACUCCCAGGUACCGAGGAGUCAGAAGAUGACUGGAAUUUCAGUACAACAGAUGGGUUCGAGCGAAGAUUCUCCGUUAUUGACCUGGAUGAAAUUGCGGCCUCGCUGGCGGAGAUGGAGCAAUCCAUCAGUCCUACCGAUGCUUCUCCUGAGCUGGACAUGUACGAACAGUUUUCCGGGGACGAUCUUAAUUAUGAAGAUAAGGCCAAUUUCGAUGAACGUGUGCGCCGAGGCGCAGCGGCACUGGAAUGCCUGUUUGAUGAGGAGAAGCCCAGCUACAAAUACGAAACAAAAAAUGACUUUGUCCCCAUCGAACCCGAGCCCACUUCAGAUCUUCCCCUCCGUGCGGAAACAGAUCGCUCUUCUGUCACAUCAACUUUUCUCGAUAUCGACAUCGGGUCAUUCGAGGCCUCACACUACGCAGCAGGAGCUCCAUCUGCGCAACCUUUCCAAUUGGUCGAUGCGAACACUAUCCGCGCGACCCGCUCCAGUCUCCGAUUGAACAGGAGCUCCUCUGAGAAUAGCUCAAAGUCGUCUGAUAGCGGCGCGGAUGAUGAUCAAGCCUUAGAAGAUACAUUUGUGCCGUCUGGUCCUCGACCUCCCACCAUGGACUGGAAAUUCCCGUCAUUCGUUCAAGACGAAGAGGAAAAGCCGAAAGAAGAGGAAGAGGAAGUUCCUCCACAUGAGCCCGCAACAGAGGAGUCUUUCCAGGCUGAAAAGCGAGCUACCAUGCAGUGGACAUUCCCAGUCAUGGGAUCUGUGCCCGAGAGCCAAAGCUACGACGAUCGACAUGACACCCUCCGGGCUCCGCUGCCUGAGGUUCAACCUCCGCCGCAGUCGCAGCCACAGUCAACAGAUGAACCAGGUGAACCAGGUGACUCACGUCCUUCGACCGCGGCAUCGUAUACCUCUGAUUCAGAUUACGAUCCCUUCCGCUUCGAUCGUCCCACCACCCCACAGGACGCAAACUCGCUUCGUCGCAGUCAAUUCUUUGACACCGAACUCCCCGCGAUGAUGGAUUUAGCCGGUUAUAGUGAAGAUGAGGCUUCCGGGGUCGAAGAUGGCCCCGGUCCCGACGAAGAUGGCCCCGGGCCAGACAAAGAAUCUCACCCUGCAUGGAACAUGCACUCCAGGGUUUCCUCAUACGAAAUUAGUAUGACAGCUUUACCCACGGCCGUUCCAAUUCCCCCAACGCCCACCUCGGUGACUUCGGGCCCAGUCUCAGAACCGGGAUCUCCCGUGUUCGAAACCGUACGAAAUGCAAGACACGACACGCCUGAAGUCCUCAUGUCACAGCCAGAAGACAAGGGACCAAUCCCCUUCCCGGCUCUCAAUCCCCCAAGUGCGGCGAGUCUGAUGGAGGGUAUGGCUGAUGGUGUGGUGACGGCAGAACUUGACCGUUUGCUGGGUGAUUUCCUGGAGUCGCUUUCGGCUACUGGCGAGGCAUUGUCACGGGUGGAGAUCAAGCAUGAGACGAAUGGUGUUCAGGUUGUUGAGCAGGUCUAG